AUUUAUCUUGGUUUAGGAUUCAGUCUAGAGGAGAUAUUUGCGCGUUACGAUCCUCUUGUUGAUCAUCGGUGGAAUGCAGCAGUGAUAACUGCGGCAUGAUUAUAUUUUUAGCUUACAGAUAAAAAGCACUCUAGAACAUUUCUCAUUUUAAUCCCAUAAGUUGGUUCAUCAUAGUGCGUUAUAAAUAAUGAUCAAUUGAGAUGGUAUUAUCAAACAGUUUGUUGGUAUUUAUUGCCGUUGCGGUAGCCAUUAGUUGUCCUGUGAAUGGUCAGAGACUUCUCGAUAAUCGUCAGCGGACUUUCACUGUUGACUACGACAAUAACACAUUUUUGUUGGAUGGAGCGCCAUUUCAGUAUGUUGCUGGUUCGUUCCACUAUUUCCGCGCAAUGCCUGAGGCAUGGGGAUCAAUAUUGAAAUCGAUGCGAGCUGCCGGAUUGAACGCAAUCACAACAUAUGUGGAAUGGUCAAUGCACAAUCCCAAGGAAGGGGUUUAUAAUUGGAAGGGAAUUGCUGACAUUGAGCAGUUCAUCCAAAUGGCACACAAUGAAGAUCUUCUGGUGAUUCUGAGACCAGGCCCGUAUAUCUGCGCAGAACGGGACAUGGGAGGAUUCCCUUAUUGGCUGCUUCAUAAGUACCCUGGCAUUCAACUACGGACGGCUGACGUUGCCUAUCUGCGUGAGAUUCGAACGUGGUAUGCAGAGCUAUUUUCCAGACUGGAACCAUAUUUAUAUGGAAAUGGUGGUCCUAUAAUCAUGGUGCAGGUCGAAAAUGAAUACGGAUCGUUCUUCGCCUGUGAUUAUAAGUACAUGAAAUGGCUGCGGGAUGAAACAGAACGAUACGUCAAAGGCAAUGCUGUUCUCUUUACGAACAACGGACCAGGUUUAACACAAUGUGGAGGUAUAGAAGGAGUGCUCAGUGCGCUAGAUUUUGGUCCAGGAACAAGUCAAGAAAUUGAUGGAUACUGGCAAGAUCUUCGUAAACACCAACCGAAAGGUCCAUUAGUUAACGCAGAAUACUAUCCGGGUUGGUUGACCCAUUGGCAAGAGAAACAAAUGGCACGAACUCCUAUUGAACCAGUUGUGGCAUCCUUAAGAUACAUGUUGAGCUCAAAAGUGAACGUCAAUAUCUACAUGUUUUAUGGUGGAACGAACUUUGGAUUCACAGCGGGGGCAAACGAACAAGGCCCCGGCCGGUUUAUCCCGGACAUAACCUCAUACGAUUACGAUGCGCCGUUGGAUGAGUCGGGUGAUCCUACGCCAAAGUAUUCAGCCAUUCGACAAGUGAUUUCGGAAUUCUUCCCUAUGCCGAACGGCCCUUUGCCAACUCCCAUGCGAAAAAUGUCUCUCCCAUCCGUUGUUCUGCGACCGAUAGCCAACCUUCUGGACAAGCAAUUCCUUCGAGCAAUUGCAUCUCCUGAGGUGCGGAACGUCACACCUAUGACGUUUGAAGCUCUGAAUCAAUACUCCGGGCUAGUUCUGUAUGAAGCAUUAUUGCCGAACGACUUGAAGACUGAUCCCAUGAAAUUGACCGUCGAAAAAGUACAUGACCUCGGAUACGUUUUCGUGGAUACGAACUUCAUCGGAACAUUAUCUCGGCAGAACGUUAUAAGCACACUUCCUGUAACCCAAGGCAUUGGGGAAAAAUUGCAAAUUCUUGUUGAGAAUCAAGGGCGCAUCAACUUUGGAACGCCGAACGACUUUAAAGGAAUAGUUGGAAAUGUAUUCAUCGAUACUCAGAGGGUGCUCAAUUGGACAAUGACGGGCAUUUCGCUGGACAAAAGCAAAAUCGACGAAUAUAUUCAACGGAACAGAAAUAAACCUACCAAAAAAGCUCGGUUCCGCCAAGGAACGCCCCUGCGUCAAGGUCCAGCGGUUUUCUACGGUACUUUUGAUAUUGCGAGAAUAGAUAUCCUUGAUACCUACUUAAAUCUGUCUGGCUGGGGUAAGGGCGUCAUCUUUGUCAACGGAUUCAAUCUUGGGCGAUACUGGCCACGAGUGGGACCGCAGAUUACACUGUAUUUGCCGCGGCAUAUUCUUAAAAGAGAUAUGAAUCAGAUCAUUCUGCUAGAGUAUCAAACUAUUAAAACUCCGUUCAUGACUGUGGGUUUUGAUAGUUCACCAAAGUUCAACUGAUUUUGCCGGCAAAGUUUGUAUAAAUAAAAUACCUCCACGGUGCAAA